UUGAUAGCAGAGGCGCAACGACAAUCGCCAAUAACUCAAUUGCGCACGCAACAGAACUAGGGGAAGGUUGCUUUUAAGAGCAAACAAAACCCCCCAAUUGCGCAGCCCAUCAUGGCUUCCGCACUCCUCCGCAGCUUCUUCUCCCCCGCCGCCCGCCAAUCCCUCACAUCGACGACUCUCCUCUCAACAUCAAUAUCCCCCAUCGCCUCCAGAUUCCAAUCGCCGCUUCUCUCCCUCGCCCAGCGCGCAUUCUCAACAACCCCCGCCCCGCAAGCCACCCUCAACCAAGUCCUGCGCGGCAUCCGAAAGGGCAAGCGAGCUCGUCACGCCGUCUCGCCCGCGCUGUCCAACACGCACUGUCCCGCCCUCAAGGGCGUGUGUCUACGUGUCGGCGUCGUGAGGCCCAAGAAGCCCAAUUCCGGUGAGCGCAAGACUGCGCGUGUCAAGUUAUCUUCUGGAGCCGUCGUGACGGCGUAUAUCCCUGGUGAAGGGCACAAUAUCCAGCAGCAUAGUGUGGUGCUUGUGAGGGGAGGGAGGGCGCAGGAUUGUCCUGGUGUGCGGUAUCAUUUGGUGCGAGGAGCAUUGGAUUUGGGUGGUGUUGCGAGUAGAACGACGAGCAGGAGUAAAUAUGGUACCAAGAAGCCCAAGAAGGCUACUGUUGGUUGAGCCGGUGUAUGAGUGGAUGGAGAGGAAACGAUAUAUGAAAAUGACGGAUUUCUUGCGCAGAUGAGGGAAAUGUUGAUCUAGACAUUGGACCGCCAUGUAUAAAAAUACCAUAGAGCAGCACAAGAGACGAGCACUGUACAAUACAUAUGAAAAAGAGCAACAUAUAAUCACACCUUGGAACGGCAAGUUACGUCAAACAAACACCCUCACUUUCCAUUUCACCCUAUACUAUAUUUACACCAGCAAUCAUUGUCCAAAUCGUGUAAAGCCAGCAGACACAGACG